CUGGCUUAUGAUGCAGACACACGUCAUCUGAUGACACCACACACGCUGGUCGACGCUGUCAAGUCACUUCUCCACUCGCAAAGGAAGCAGCGUUUGGGGUGUCGAUCUGUAAAUCGUUACAUUGUUCACACACACUACACAGCUAGUGCGGUCGCUUCGCGCAUCCAUGCAUCCAUCCAUCCAUUUGUGCAGCCCCAGAGCCUAGUGCACAACCCCACUGACUGACUGACUACACACACACACAGAGAGAGAGAGACACCCGGGCACACACAUAUGGUAAUCCAUACCACUGACUGUCCCCUACCACAGCCCCUCUCUCCCUCCCUUCCUCUCUCCCUCCCUCAUUCAUCACGUCUCGCCGAGCGGUGUGUUUCUUGCUGUCUGUCUCUGUCUCACUCGAACAAAUUCCCCCCCAGAUAUGCCGUCUCUGCCUCCAGGCGUUGUAUGCAGGUAUGUAUGUGGCUGUGUGGCCGCCAUCCAUCCAUCCAUCCAUAUAUGGUGUGUGACCUGCAUGAAGGCAAGCAGUGGAUGGAUGGAUGGAGAAAAAUACUGAUCAGCCAGGUAGAUAGAUAGCACUAUGUAUGUGUGUAUGUCCACAUGGACAUACAUACGCAGGCAGUUCGGGCGGGCAAGAAAGAAAGCGCCGUCGCAAGAGCGAGCGAUCUAGUAAACAAUCCCAGACAACCAACCGUUACCCACCAAAAACUUGCAUUAAGGACGGCAGACAGACGGACACACGGACGGACGGACGGACGGACGCACAGCCCCCCCUGAGUAUGCCAACAGGCGAUCAAACUCGUAGAUGCCCCACCCACCUCCCUCCCUCCCUCCCUCCCUGACUCCCUCGAAUCCCCAUCCCCUGGCAGCCAUCCCCCCGUCUACACCUACCCCCCUACCGAGCCCCCCUGACAUAGUAGUCCAAAGUCUCGUCAGGCGCGUUCCUCAUGUAGACGCCGAGCGUCUCGUCCUCCUGCACUCCCUGGUCGACCUCAUCCAUGUCGUCGUCAUCCUCACCCUCACCCUCGCCCUCUCGCCGCCACGUCUGCGUCUCGCCCUCGUCCGCUCGCAGCAGCAGCGGGGAAGAUGCCGGCACCUUCCUGGCGAUCUUCUCGGCUGCCUGCUUCACGGCCUGCACACCCACACCCACCCCCCCACACAGACAAGUGGGCUGACACGAAUGCGUGUGUGUGUGUGUGUGUGACUGAGUACCUUGAGGUUUGUGGGUACGUCUUCCUUGAUUCUCCACUCGAGGGCCAUGACGGGCACCGGGCCCUUGGGCCGCACCGUGACGACGUAGAAGAGCUUCGUGGUGUAGCUGAUCUCGUCGUCGCCCGUGGCAGGGUGGCGGCGGACCCUGCGCGUGUGCGCCUGGAUCUUCCACUCGCCGUCGAACUGAGAGAAAAACUGCGAGUCGGCCAGCUUGAACUCUAUUAGACGAGGCGCCAUGCGGUUCUCAGGAUCACCUGAAUCAACACACACACACACACACGCAUUCAGAUUGACGGCCUGUCAGUCAGUCAGUUUUCCUCCCUCACCGAGCACUUCUCUCAUGUCCAUGGUGACGGCCGCCCUGAAGUCGAAGCCGAUGAUCUUCUGCGCGCCCUCCUGGUAGAGGCGCAUCUGCCACAUGUCGUCGCCAUUGAGGCCGCUCGAGGCAAGUGACCGCGGCAGCGGCACCCGCUGGCUCACCACAAGGUUGGGCACGUGCGCCGCCAAGUUGUCGUAGUCCGUCAGGAUGGACCAGCAGUCCUCCAUGCUCGUGUCCACUAUCACAGACCUGAAGUGAAGCAUGCACACGGACAGACGAAGCGACGGAUGCCGAUGCCAGCUUGUCUGUCUGUCUGUCUGCGCGCACAGCUCACCCACUAAUCCUCCUGACAUUGGCAGCGGGCCUCUCGAUGUUCACCGACACACUAUCCUCCGUGUCCAACAUCGCCCGACGCCUGAACGUCGUCAGACCCAACCGAACCGCAUCCCCCCUGCCCAUCUCCUCGUCCACACUCGGUCCAACAGAAGCGGGGGCCAGAGGUGCCCGCAGCACACGCAGCUGCCCACGGGUGUGUUGUGAAAGCGACGGCCGCCUGGCUGGCAGGGGCAGGUCGCCGUUGAUGAAUCCAUCAGAUAAGGACCGCCUCGCUGGCGAUGAGAGGAAGCCGCGUGGUGAUCCGCGUGUUGAGAAGAAGCUGCAGAGGAGGGUUGUGAGGGGGAGGGGAGAGAGGAGAGAGGGCAGGUGCCCUCUGCUCAUGCGUGUAGGACGCCUCUGAGUCGGUGGUCUUGGUUGCGGUGCGGAUGAGGCUUCGUCAGAUGCCGGAGGCGAUGAGGCCGGAUCUUCGCUCCUCCGCUCCAUUUCCAUUGACGGAUAAGAGGAAGAAAUAACUGAGCUGCGGGACGGUGUUAAUGCCGCCAUGGACACAGGCAGGGCCACUGCUGUCUUCGGCCCUGCUAGGUCCACUGAUGUCGAAGGGGACGAAAAUGGAUCUUGCAGAUUAUAGAUACGCACUCCUCCUCAAAGAAUGCACCCACCAAGCUCAAAUUCCCUUCUUCAGGAGGGGGCAC